AUGGAAGAUUUUAAUGAUGAUGACAUCAGUAUUUUUGUAGGAAAGUUUGAGAAAGAAAACUAGAAUUCUAUUCUAGACUCAAUCAUCAACUAAAAAUAAUCCUAAGGCUCAAACUGUAAUAAUAUAUUGAAAAAUUUAGAAAUAAUUAUCUUACAAUAAGCAAUUAGAACAAAAGAAGAAUUAAACAAGCAAAUUAUCCCAAUAUUAAGUAUUAAUUGAUAUCAUAAAAGAAUAUCUUUAGAAUAAAAAUCUGCAAUAUGGAGAUUUAGAAAAAUAAAAUUAACAACUAAUAAUACUUUAAGAAUAAUCUAAAUAAGAUAUCGCACAAUUAUAAGUAAAUUAUGAUAAUCUAUAAUAGGAUUCAAUUUAAGAAAAGAAUUAGAAAAAUGAUGAAUUAAUGGACUAAAUUUCAUAGUUGGAAGAUGAAAUGGAAAAAAUGAGAAUUCAAUAUAGAUAUUUAGAAUCCCAACAGCAGAAUAAACUCUUAUAAAACCAAGUAAUUUUGUAUUUAGAAUUAGUAAUUUCAAGGGGAAAGUUAAUGGUUUUAGCAAACUUAAAUUAUCACUAUUCAACAAUAAUUGUAAGAUAAAGAGGAAUUAUUAAAAAAAACUGAAAAAGACCUUGAAGAAAUGGAAAAAUCUAAAAAGAAAUUGGAUUAGUAAAAUAAGGACAUUCAAAAUUAAUUAGACUUGAUGAAUUAAAGAAAUAAGAGUAUAUAUUAAAAAGAUUUAUUUAGAUUUGAUGAAAGAGUUAGAAAGGUAUAAACCAGAAGUAACAGAGAAUUAAAAAAAAUAAACAAUGACUAGGAAUAAAACACUUGGAGCAUUUAAUACAAGAGAAAUUAUUUAAAAAUAAAGAUUAUAAAAUGAUUUAACAAGUUAAAAGAAAUUAGAACAAAUUAAGACUUAAGAAAUAGAUAAUGCUAAUAAUUCAGAUAAUUAAGAGGAAAUUGAUACAUAAUCAAAGACAACUUUAAAAUAGGAUAGCGAAUAAGCUUAAACUUCUGUAAUAAAUUCUUAGAUAAUUAUGGAGAAAGAACAAAAAAUAGUUGAACUAGAAAAAAUAAAAAUUGAACUGGAAUAGAAAAUAAUUGAACUGGAAUAUGAAAUUAAUGGAAUUAAAUCCAAUAAUAAAAAAGUUACAUUCCAAAUUAGUAAAUUAGAGAAAGCAGUUGCUUUUGAAAAAGAAUGUAUAAAUAUAUAUAUAUAUAAUAAGAAAAUGCAAGGUUAUAAGAAGAAAAGGCAACGAUUGAAUAGGAUUUAAGAGCUGAGAUAGAAAAGAAGUUAAAAGAAAAUAUUGGAUUAGUAAAAUUUAUAAUUAUUCAUAGAAAAGAAUGUCAGUAAAAAUUAAUUAAAAUGACAUUGGAGCUGGUCUUCUGAAUGCAGAUGAAUCAAAUUUAAAAGAAAAAAAUCUUUAAUUGUCAAGAGGUAAUUCCAAGCAAAUAUAUAGAUCAAUUUAGAUUUACAACAAACAAAACAAUAAAAUGAAAUCAUUAGUGAGACAUAUGAAAAGCAAAUUAGUUAAUAUAAAACUUAAAUUGAAAUAUAUGCAAAGAAUAAUUUAGAAAUGGAAAAUUAAGUUAAAGAUUUAUCAAAACGCUUGUAAUUGGCACUGGAAGAAAAGGAAAACUAAAAAAUUUAAAUAGAAAAAUUAGCUGAUAGCAAAAAUUUGGAUGGAGAAUCUACUUUGAAAGAAUGUAGAACAAAAUUAAGAAAAUAUGAGAGUCUGUUGUAAAAAGCUAAAGCAGAAAUAGAAAUAAAAGAUAUCUAAAUACAAGAAUAACAUUCUAAUUAAUUAAUAGAAAUCAUCAACAUUAUAGAAAGUUAUAAUAAAGAGAAUCUUUAGAUUAAUUAAUAAUUAUAAUAUUAAAUUUAGUUAGUUGAAGAAUUGAAAUCUUAAAAAGGGAUUAAAAAUGAAAAUAUUGAUUAAGAGAAAAUUAAAUAAUUGGAGGAUUAAAUUGAGAAAUAGAAAAUGACAAUAUUGAAAUAUAAAAAAUAAAUCGAAUAACUAUAAUUGAAGGCAAAGUAAGAAUAUUUAGUAAUUAGUAAUUCAAAAGUUGAAUCUGAGUAGCCUAUCCAAAUGUAGAAUAUUAGUAAAGAGGCAGAAUCAAAGUAAAAGGAUGAACAAUAAUAAAUUAUUGAUACCCUAAAUGGUCAAAUCUAAUAAUUAACUUUAAAAACACAAUUUUCAGAAUAAAAUUAGUUAUAAAAUGAAACAAAAUUAAAAGAGAUGCAAUAAUAAAUUUUGGAGAAGGAUGAAUCAAUAAAAUAUUAUGAAAAAUCAAACAGUUUAUUAUAAACUUUAAUAAUUGAAAAUAAAAAUUAAAUUGAUUAAAUUUAAGAAAAAUUAAAGGAUGAGGAAUAAAUUAAAAACGAGAAAGAAUAAAUUAUUCUAAGUUUGAAAGGUUAAUUAUUAAAUUAGGAAAAAGAAAUUGAAAAUUAUUAAUAAAAAUUAAUCAACUAUUCUUAAUAAAGUUUGGAAUUAGAAUAGACAAAAAAAAAAAAUUUUGAGAGUGAUUUUGAAUUUAAUCAGUAAAAAGAGAGUCUAAUUAAUUUAAAUAAUGAAAAACAACGAUUACAAUAAUAAAUCUCUGAAUUGAUCGAAAAAAAUAAUGAUUAAGAAUCUUUAAUUUCUGAGCUUUAGACUAAAAAUACUAAAUUAGAAUAAUAAAAUUCUUUAUUAGAAGAAGAAGCUUUGGCUUAGUAAUCAAAAAUUAGGGUAUAGGAUUCGCGAUUAACUUAACUAUCAUAAGAAAUAAUCUUGCAUGAAUAACAAGUGGCUGAGCUAAAUAAACAAUUAGAUAUUUUAAAGGUAGAAAAUAAUUCAAAUAAAUAAAUAAUAUCUCAAUGUCAAGAUAAAAUAUAAGAAGAAUAAAAAAAUAAUUUUAAUUUGUAAAAAGAAUAUAUGGAAUUGUAAAUAUAAAACGAGGAUUUAAAAAAACUUAUUUAAAUUAAAAUUAGUGAGUCACAAGAAUAUUAAUAUAAUUUAUAAAACAUAACAAGAGAUCAUGAAUAACUAAAAUAAUAACUAAUAGUAAAUUAAUAAAAUAAUUUAGAUUUAGAAAAUAAAAUAAUACAUAUUUUAAAAGAAUAAGAAUAAAAUAAAUAGUAAUAAUUACUUUAAGAAGAUGAAAUAUAAAAGUUACAAAUGUAAUUGAAAGAUAUUAAGGAUUAAAACAAUGAGUAAAUGAUUAAAAUCGAAAAAUUGCAAAUAUAAGAAAAUAGAUUAAUUCAAGAUUUAUAGCAAGAAAAAUAAAGUAAUGAAAUUAAUCAAAAUCUAUUUAAAAAAAAAGAAGAAGAAGAUAGAUAUUUAAUAGAAAAUUAAAAAUUAAUUAAUGAUGAGUUAAAAAAUGAAAUAUUGUUAAAUAAAAAUUAAAUAAAAUAGUUACAAAAUAGUUUAAAUUAAGAAAUUGAUAAUAUGAAGUUAAAUAACUAAGAAUUAUUAAAAGAGAAAAUAGUGAUAAUAGAAGAAUAUCAAGCAAGAGUAGUAAAAAUAAAUUAGGAAAUUAAAGAUGAAAAAUCUUAAAAUCUAUAAUUAUAAUAAUUAAAUGAGAAGUUAUCUAAUGAAUUUAAAGAUAAAGAAACUAAAAUGAUCUAAGAAAUCGAACAUGAAAAAUCUUAAAAUCUAUAAUUAUAAUAAUAAAAUGAGAAGUUAUCUAAUGAAUUUAAAGAUAAAGAAACUAAAAUGAUCUAAGAAAUCGAACAUGAAAAAUCUUAAAAUCUAUAAUUAUAAUAAUAAAAUGAGAAGUUAUCUAAUGAAUUUAAAGAUAAAGAAACUAAAAUGAUCUAAGAAAUCGAACAUGAAAAAUCUUAAAAUCUAUAAUUAUAAUAAUAAAAUGAGAAGUUAUCUAAUGAAUUUAAAGAUAAAGAAACUAAAAUGAUCUAAGAAAUCGAACAUGAAAAAUCUUAAAAUCUAUAAUUAUAAUAAUAAAAUGAGAAGUUAUCUAAUGAAUUUAAAGAUAAAGAAACUAAAAUGAUCUAAGAAAUCGAACAUGAAAAAUCUUAAAAUCUAUAAUUAUAAUAAUAAAAUGAGAAGUUAUCUAAUGAAUUUAAAGAUAAAGAAACUAAAAUGAUCUAAGAAAUCGAACAUGAAAAAUCUUAAAAUUAAUAAUUAUUAUAAAGUAAAGAUAUGUAAGGCAAUGAACUAUUAUAAAAACAGCAAUAGUUAUUGAUAGAAAUUGAAAAUUUAAAAUAAUAAAAUUUAUAUUUAACUGAAUAAGAGAAACUAAGUUAAUAAUAACAUCAUGAAUAAGAUUAAUUGAAGUUAAAAUAAAUUGAAGAAUUAUCGUUAUUACAUAUCUAAUUAAAGUAAUAAAAUGAGAAGUUAUCUAAUGAAUUUAAAGAUAAAGAAACUAAAAUGAUCUAAGAAAUCGAACAUGAAAAAUCUUAAAAUCUAUAAUUAUAAUAAUAAAAUGAGAAGUUAUCUAAUGAAUUUAAAGAUAAAGAAACUAAAAUGAUCUAAGAAAUCGAACAUGAAAAAUCUUAAAAUCUAUAAUUAUAAUAAUAAAAUGAGAAGUUAUCUAAUGAAUUUAAAGAUAAAGAAACUAAAAUGAUCUAAGAAAUCGAACAUGAAAAAUCUUAAAAUCUAUAAUUAUAAUAAUAAAAUGAGAAGUUAUCUAAUGAAUUUAAAGAUAAAGAAACUAAAAUGAUCUAAGAAAUCGAACAUGAAAAAUCUUAAAAUCUAUAAUUAUAAUAAUAAAAUGAGAAGUUAUCUAAUGAAUUUAAAGAUAAAGAAACUAAAAUGAUCUAAGAAAUCGAACAUGAAAAAUCUUAAAAUCUAUAAUUAUAAUAAUAAAAUGAGAAGUUAUCUAAUGAAUUUAAAGAUAAAGAAACUAAAAUGAUCUAAGAAAUCGAACAUGAAAAAUCUUAAAAUCUAUAAUUAUAAUAAUAAAAUGAGAAGUUAUCUAAUGAAUUUAAAGAUAAAGAAACUAAAAUGAUCUAAGAAAUCGAACAUGAAAAAUCUUAAAAUCUAUAAUUAUAAUAAUAAAAUGAGAAGUUAUCUAAUGAAUUUAAAGAUAAAGAAACUAAAAUGAUCUAAGAAAUCGAACAUGAAAAAUCUUAAAAUCUAUAAUUAUAAUAAUUAAAUGAGAAGUUGUCUAAUGAAUUUAAAGAUAAAGAAACUAAAAUGAUCUAAGAAAUCGAACAUGAAAAAUCUUAAAAUCUAUAAUUAUAAUAAUAAAAUGAGAAGUUGUCUAAUGAAUUUAAAGAUAAAGAAACUAAAAUGAUCUAAGAAAUCGAACAUGAAAAAUCUUAAAAUCUAUAAUUAUAAUAAUAAAAUGAGAAGUUAUCUAAUGAAUUUAAAGAUAAAGAAACUAAAAUGAUCUAAGAAAUCGAACAUGAAAAAUCUUAAAAUCUAUAAUUAUAAUAAUUAAAUGAGAAGUUAUCUAAUGAAUUUAAAGAUAAAGAAACUAAAAUGAUCUAAGAAAUCGAACAUCAAAAAUCUUAGAACCUAUAAUUAUAAUAAUUAAAUGAGAAGUUGUCUAAUGAAUUUAAAGAUAAAGAAACUAAAAUGAUCUAAGAAAUCGAACAAGAAAAAACUUAAAAUUAAUAACUAAUAUAAAGUAAGGAUAUGGAAGGAAAUGAAUUAUUGUAAAAAUAAUAACAGCUAAAUUUAGAUCUUAUUAAUUUGAAAUCUACUAAUUAACAAUUAUAACAAUAAUAUGAUGUAAAACUAAAUGAAUAAUAAUAAUAGUUGGAUUAGUUAACUCAUGAAAUAGCUAGUUUGAAAUAGUUAAAUAUUCAAAAAGAAGAUUAAUUUUAAUCAAUGAAAAAUGAUAAUGAUUAAUUAACUUUAUAAUUGUAAGCCUAAUUAAACUAAAUAAAUCAAUUGCAACAAAGUUUAUCAGUAAUAACAAAUGACUAUCAAAAAUUAUUUCAAGAUCAUGAAAAUUUAAUCAAAGAAAAAAUAGAUUUAGAAACUAAACUUUAGGAAAAUAAAAAUCUUAUUUCAUCAUUACAACUCGAAAAAGAAUAAUUAUUGAAUGAAUAAUAACUAUUUAAAGACAGUUAAAUCAAUGAUCUUUAAACUUAAAUUUCUCAAUUAUAAUAAAAAAUUCUUACUUAAUAAAAUUAAAUGUCAAAAGAUCAAGAUUAAUAUUUGAUCUCAUAAAAUAAAUAACAAGAUCAAAGUUUAUAAAUAUCACAAUUAACUGCUGAGAUCUAAAAAUUGGAAGAAUAACGAAAUGAGUUAAAUAAAGAAUUAGAUGUUUUAAAGGCUGAAAAUUAAGCAAAUUAAUAAUAAAUUUCAUAACAGUUAUUAUCAAUUUAGGAUGCAGAACAAAAAUUAAAUAAAUUUUAAUCUGAUUAAAUAGAAUAGAAUAAGUUAUUAGAUUAAAAAAUAAACGAAAUUUAAGUUUUAUAAUAAGCACACUAAGACUUAAAUAUUGCAAACAAUAAACUCAUUGAGGAAAACAAUAGCUUUUAAAUUAAGUUUGACUAAAGCACAAUUGAGGUAAAUAAUUUGAAGGCAGAAUGUUAAACAGAAAAAGACAAUAAUCAAAAAAUUUUAGAAUAAAAUUAGCAGUUGUAAUUAUAAAUAGAAUAAUUAAAUGAAGAAAUUUCUAAAUUAGCAAAGGAACAAUAAUAAUAGGAGUUAACAUAAAAAUAGAAUUAAAAUACUUAAUAAGAUGAAUUAAUUUAAUUAAACUAAAUUAAAGAAGAAAAAGUUCAUUUAUUAAAAAAUAUAGAAAAUUUAGAAAAUACAAAUAAACAAUUUGAAGAAUAAAUUAUUUAAUUAUAAUAAGAAAUUUAAGCCUAAACUUCAUAAUUAGAGGAAAAAGAGUAACUAAUAAAUAAUCUUAAAACUGAAAAUGAAUAAAUGGAAUUCAAAUUAUUAUAGGAUCAAAAUGUCUAAUAAGAAAAAGAUGAAUGCAUUAAUUAAAUAAAUUCAGAGCAUAAAAAAUUAAUAAAUGAGAAAGAAUUAGAGCAAAGCUCUUUUGAAGAACAUAUCAAAUAGGAGAAAUUAGAAUUAGAAAAUUAAUUAAAUUAAAAUGCUUCCCUGAUUGCUUCCCUUUAAGAAGAGAUAAGUUAAUAAAAUCAUAAAAUUGAAUAGUAUGAGAAUAAUGAAAAAAAUUAUCAAUCACAGAUAGAAGAACUUAAAGAACAUAUCUAAAAUCUUGAGGAUUUUUCAUAAGUUUCAGAGAAUCACAUUUCUGAAUAAUAAGAGAAAGAAUAAUAAUUAAUUAAAGAAGUAGAAACCUUAAAAUUAGAAUAUGAACAAUUAUCUCAAUAAAAUUCUUAAUUUAAAGAUUAAGUUGAAGAACUUUAGUUGCAAAACGAAAAAACCAUACAUUAAUAAACCGAAUUAGAAAAUUAAAUUAAAGAAUUGCAAUUAUAAUAAUCAGAUCUCCAAAAUACGAUUCAUCAAUAAGAGGAAAAAAUUAAUUCACUUUAAAUAGAGAGGGAAUAGGAUUAAUAAAAGUUAAUGGAAGCUGAAGAAAUUUAAAAAUAAAAAACAGAAUUAGAAAAACAAAUUAAACAUUAAAAUGAUGCCAUAUAAAAGUUAUGCGAGUAAGUUGGAUUACUUGAAGAUGAACAUCCUAAUGAAUAUAUAGCGACAUAAAAAGCAAAAAUGAUUUAGCAAUAAAAAGAUAUAGAAAGUUUAAAAAAUGAGAUUAAAAAUUUAUAACAAGAAAUAAAAAAGUAUUAAGAAAAAGAAGCUUAAAUUAAAAUUUAUAAAGAAAAAUUAGAAAGAAAAUAUUUAGAGCAAAUAUCUGAGUUAUCAAAUCAUUAAGAUGAAAUGUUUGAAUAAAUAAAGGAAUUGAGAUCUAAAGCUUUAAUGAGUGAUGAAUACCUCAAAGCAAACAAAGACCUCGAAAUGACUCUUAAAUUUAAAUAAGAUUAAUUAAUAAGCUAUUCUUAAAAAAUACAAGAAUAAUCCGUUUAUAUAGAUUAGCUUGAACUUAAAGUUUAAGAACUAAAAUAAACAAGUGAGUUUAUGUUCACAAUAUGAU